GACUGAUGGAGGACGGAGGGGACAGCUACUCGGAUGCAAACAUUAACACAGACACACAGACAAGACAAGACAAGACAGAGUGAGAAUGCAACAGAAACAGCCCGUGUUUAGGCCUUAAGUACACAAGUUGGUUGGGACUGUGACAGUUUAAGUGCACGCUCGCAACAAAGCGAAAAGUUCCUCCAGCCCACAUGGAAAUCAUUUGAAUUGACAAUCGACGCGGUGUCAGAAAGGCGUUAAAUGUUACCAAAAUACAAACUACCGUCUUGACAAAAUGACCCGUUUGGACUGCGGGCUUCACGCUUUUGGACAAAGAGGCUCCCCCAUUCACCUCUUCAUCGCACUUCUGACGGCCCUGGAAAUCUGCAUCACCUUGGAAUUACCACAUGAAGAAGAGAGAUUGCAGCAGGAUCUGCCGCAGUAUGAAGUGGUUCACCCUACUCGAGUGGAUGCCAGAGGUCACUUCCUGUCCAACUUCCUGUCUCACCAUGCUAGCCGUGUACAGCGCCGGGAUGCCUCAGAGGGACCAGCAGGCGUAGAUCAAGUCUACUACCAGUUGUGGCACGGAGGCCACAGGUUGCACUUUAACCUCACACUCAACCCAAACCUGCUGGCCCCGGGCUUCCUGACCGAAAGGAGGUACGGUGGCCUGGAGGGGGCCAAGAUUCAUCCUCCUGGAUUCUCCCAGUGCCACUUCUUAGGUAACGUCUGGGAUGAGGCUGUUGGUAAAGGAAGCGCUGCCAUAAGUACCUGUGAUGGACUGACAGGAUUGUUCAGGUUGUCUGAUGAAGAGUAUUUUAUUCAGCCUCUGGAGAAGUCGAGCGAUGACACGUCAGCAACUCAGGCCCAUGCAGUCUACAAACGCCAUGCGUCCCCCCCCUCCUGGAGUCCAGUGGUACAGCCCAUCUCAGGGAAACAAGCUCUCAACGGUACCUGUGGAAUCAAAGCAUCACAGCAGAGUUUUGAAGACUUUGAAAGGCAGCGUGAGCGGUGGGAGCUCCGCCAGCAGAGGAGGAGGAGAAUUCAUCCCCGCUCAGUCAGCAAACAGAAGUGGGUGGAGACGCUGGUGGUGGCCGACCUUAAAAUGGUGGAGCAUCAUGGGAGCAAAGCUGUGGAAAGCUAUGUCCUGGCUGUCAUGAACAUUGUGGCGGGUCUGUUCAGAGAUCCCAGUAUUGGAAACGCAAUCAACAUUGUGGUGGUUCGACUCAUACUACUAGAGCAGGAUGAGGAUGACUUAAAGAUUACACACCAUGCUGACAACAGCUUGAACAGCUUCUGUAAGUGGCAGAAGAAACUAAACAUGAAAGGAGAGGAACACCCGCUCCACCACGAUGUAGCAGUUCUGCUAACAAGGAAGGACAUCUGUGCGUCCAUCAACAUGCCCUGUGAGACGCUGGGCCUGUCCCAUGUGGCGGGGAUGUGUCAGUCGCAUCGCAGCUGCAGCAUCAGCGAGGACACCGGCCUCCCUCUGGCCUUCACCGUUGCUCAUGAGCUGGGACACAACUUUGGGAUUCAGCAUGAUGGCAACGGUAAUGACUGUGAACCCAUUGGGAAACGACCUUUCGUCAUGUCUCCACAGCUCCUGUACGGCACCUCCAUGCCCAGGUGGUCCCGCUGCAGCCGCCAGUAUAUCACCCGCUUCCUAGACCGUGGCUGGAGCUGGUGCCUUGAUGAUGCCCCGGUGAAGGACCAGCUGUCUCUGAACUCGGUGCUUCCCGGGGUCCUGUACAGCGCGGCCCAUCAGUGCCGGCUGCAGUAUGGAUCUGGAUCCCUGCUCUGUGAUGACAUGGACAAUGUAUGCAGCACUCUGUGGUGCACUGUCGGAACCACGUGCCACUCGAAGCUGGACGGGGCUGUGGAUGGGACCAGUUGUGGCAAGGAAAAGUGGUGUUUCAGUGGAGAGUGUGUGAGAGUUGGACAUGAGCCGGAGAGUGUUAGCGGUGGCUGGGCCUCGUGGAGCGAGUGGUCGGGCUGUUCGAGGACGUGUGGGGCUGGGGUCCAGAGCGCCCAGAGAGACUGUGAUAACCCCAUUCCUAAGUAUAGAGGGAACUAUUGUCUGGGAGAGAGACGGAGGUUCAAGAUCUGCAGCCCCACACCGUGUCCUCAUGCCCUGCCCACCUUCAGAGACCUCCAGUGCAGUCACUACAACACAUUGCCAUACAAGGGCAAGUUCUACAAGUGGGAAGCAGUCAUCAACAGAGCCAGCCCUUGUGAGCUGCACUGUCAUCCACUGAGAGAGCACUUUUCUGACAAGAUGCAGGACGCCGUCGCUGAUGGGACUCCGUGCUACCAAGGAAACAAAAGCAGAGAUGUGUGCGUCAAUGGCAUCUGUAAGAAUUUAGGCUGUGACUAUGUGAUUGACUCCAGAGCUGUAGAGGAUCGCUGCGGGGUGUGUCAUGGCAACGGCUCCACCUGUGCCACUGUGAAGAGAACAUUUGAGGAAACAGAAGGACUCGGCUAUGUAGACAUUGGACUGAUACCAGAGGGAGCUUGGGAUAUCCGCAUUGAGGAGAUGGCUGAAGCUGGGAACUUCUUGGCACUACGAAGCGACUCCCCCAACAAGUAUUUUCUGAAUGGCGGUUGGACGAUCCAGUGGAAUGGAGAGUACAAAGCAGCCGGGACAGUUUUCACCUACGAGAGGACGGGACAACUGGAGAACCUGACGUCCCCCGGGCCCACCAUGGAACCACUGUGGAUUCAGCUUCUCUUUCAGGAGACGAACCCCGGGGUGCGGUACGAGUACACAAUCAGUCGCAAUAUAUCUGAGGGCAAUGACAUCCCUGAAUCCGUUUUCUACUGGAAAUAUGGGUCAUGGACUGAAUGCAGUGUUACCUGUGGAGCAGGUGUCCAGAGGCUGAUCGUUCACUGUGUGGAAAAGACAACCGGGAUAGUGGAGGAGCAUUUCUGUGACCCUUUAACCCGGCCUGACAAUAACCAAACCAGCUGCGACAAGGAUCCAUGUCCAGCCAUAUGGUGGGUCGGUGAGUGGAAGAAAUGCUCAGCCAGCUGUGGGAGCUCUGGCCUGAGUAAAAGGACGGUGCUCUGCAUUCAGGCAGUAAGUGCUGAGGAGCAGAAAGCACUUCAGCCCAGUGAAUGUGAACACACACCCACACCGGAGUCACUCUCCUCCUGCAACACACACAUCCCCUGCCCUGCAGACUGGGCCUCCAGCAGCUGGACGAAGUGUUCGUUGACCUGUGGAAGUGGAGUACGCCGUCGUAAUUUAACCUGCUCUAGAAACACCGGCAUUGAUUGUGACCCUCAGAAGAAGCCCCUCGCUGUCACUUCCUGCUACAUCCAGGACUGUGCAGUGGCGGUGGAUAACUUUGGAGGGGUCGACUUGUCUGGAAGUGGCUGGUCGAGCAAAGAAGUGCUUAAUGAAAUUAACUCUAUCCCUGAAGUCAAACCUCCCCCCAAACACAGCACCACCAGAGCCCAGCCAAGAAGUAACAGCAAUAAUCUUAACAACAUUGUUGAGGGAGACUUCCACUACCACAAUAACAUUGAAAAUAUCAAUCAUUCUCCAGAAAACACUGUUCAAGUGGAUGAUUUUUACUAUGACUAUAAUUUUAUCAACUUCCAUGAAGACUUAUCGGAUGACUUUGAGGGUGAUGUAAAAGAUUCAGGGGACAGAGUUGGUCCUCCAGAGGGGGCCAAGCCAACCAGCAGCAUACAAGAAAACAAUUACAUUGAAACUACAAAAGCUCCUUCAGCCAUUUCUACAAUCUCAAAGGCCACUGCCAACACUUUGAGAACUGAAGAGCCACAGAACAUAAGUCAGGACGAAACGAAGGUCAAUGGAAAUUCAUCAACAAAGGAGUCCGUGCAAACAAAUUCUGAACAUUUGGACGACUUCCUAUCCGAGGAUUACCUUCUGCCUGUAUCUACCACUCGCUCGCCGCCAUUGUCUACAACCGAGCAUUCAAAAACACUUAAAGAGACACAUGAUGAGGAUGUGAGGUGGCCUGAAAAAAUAAGCUCAAUUCCUGAUCUGGUUUUCACUACCGAGGAGCCCACACAGGAUGCCAAGUGGGAGCAAUAUGUGGAGGAGUCGGAAAAAAACGAUGACAUUUUCAAUGAGGAGGAAAAUCAAACUCAGGAUGUCACAGGGACUGCAAAGUAUGCUGACCACGCUCUCGGCCAUAAAACCACUAUCAAGACUGAUUUGAAAACAGUAGGGGCUCAGGGGACGGAGGAAGAUGAAGAAUAUAAUUACAGCUACGAGGACAAAAGCACGCUAAGUCCAGAUAUCAAUGCGGGAGAGGAAGAUGUAGACAGUCCAUAUUUUUCAGUCUCUCCUACACAAGAAUCAAUAAAUCAAGUUAAGACUGUAGUGCAUCUGGACGAAAGUGCUUCAGAAAUACCUCAAACAACCAGCCAAACAUUGCAAACUGCCUUCACAUUGGAGGAUUUGGACUUGGAUCAGACUUAUUUUAAUACGUUGUAUGCCACUAGCGAGGGUAAUUUAUGGGAGGCACACCUUGACCUCAGUACAACCUCACUUCCUGCCUCGGAGACAUCCACUCCUCUUCCCAUUCCCUUUCUGCAAGCCUCAGGUAACAGAGAGGCCUCUGAUGACUACACGUCGUUAACUGCAACAGAAAUUGUAUCUCCUACAAACCUGGAGGGAGCCACUCCGCCUUCUCCAGAUGAUUUCUUGCCAGCUACAGUUAAACAAAUACAGACAAAGCCCACCUUCACAGAGAGAACUGGAGCAGAUUCCACAUCCCGAACUCCUACGUUUGAUUCAGCUGAUUUUGAUUACAAUGAAAUAAUCGUCCCCCCGAUGAUUGGGAGCAGCAGUGACAAUGAUCAGGACUCUUCAUACCAGCUGACAACAGCCACAGAAACCCCUCCUCAACAUAACACAAUGCCAGUGCAGCACAUGGAAACACCUACACCUGCUCUGCCCAUUUUGCCAAACCAUCCACCUAUUGUGUGGCCGCUUCCAGAGCCAACAUCUGCUCCAACUUCAGCCUCCACACAAGUGACAACAGCUGCCUACUGGGUCACCGGCAACUGGAGUGCUUGCUCCACCAGCUGUGGUCUGGGGGCCAUCUGGAGGACUUUGGCCUGCAGCACUGGCUCCGGCUCUGGCUGCGAUUCCGCCAAGAGGCCAGCGCCAGCCCAGAGGUGCUACCUGCGCCCCUGCUCCACAUGGAAAUUAGAAGAAUGGAGUGAGUGUUCCAAGAAUUGUAAAGGAGGCAUUAAAUCACGAGAGGUCCAGUGUUUUGACCUGCGGGAUCAAAGACCUCUCCGACCUUUCCACUGCCGGGCCAUGUCCUCCAGGCCACAAACGAAAACGACCUGUAACCCUCAGCCGUGUCUCGACUGGUACACCUCGUCCUGGGGCCAGUGCUCUGAGGUGUGUGGCGGAGGUGAGCAGCAGCGUAUGGUCACCUGUCCAGAAGAGGAUCAAUGUGAUGUGGCCCUCCAGCCCAGCAACAUCCAAUCAUGUAGCAGUCAGCCGUGUGCUCAGUGGCUUACUGGAUCAUGGGGACAGUGUUCGGCUUCUUGCGGUGGCGGAGUGCAGCGCCGACUCAUCAAAUGUAUGAACACAAAGACAGAGACAGACGAAGAAGUGGAUCAAGCCCAAUGUGAUCCUGAGCUGUGCCCGGAGAGCAUCCAGAAGUGUAACCUACAGGAGUGUGAGAGCGCCCCCUCUGGAGCAGUUUGCCUUCGUGAUCGGCUAACGUUUCGUUUCUGUCAGACGCUCCGCUGGCUCGGACGAUGCCACCUGCCCAACGUACGAGUGAAGUGCUGCAAAUCCUGCAGCCAGCACUCCCGCUCCAGCAGCUCGUCUUCCGCUAAAGCCGCAAUAAAGUAACCACUCAACAACUGGAACACUGAGGAAAUACAAAUCAUCACAUCUCUUUCUGUAUAUAUAUUUUUCUAAUUAGAGUUGUUAUGAAUUAGUUCCACAACUCUGCAUGUUUGUACUGGUGCUAUAAUUAUAUCGGGCUCAAAUGAUUUGGAGAAAUAAGAAAGCAUAGCCUCAUCCCCAGCAAAACAAUGAGAAUGUAGAUAUUUAUUUGCACUUUUUAUACUAUACAGUUUGACAAGAAGGACAUUUCAUGAAUUAAGCCUUAGUAACAGAUGUAGUGUGGGCUCUUUUAUCAAUGUAGCCAGCUUAAAAAAAAUCAUUAUUACACAGGCAGAUAAACUACUCAUUAACCGUUAUGGUUGGUACAAUGCUUUCAUUUAUUGACAGCAGCAGAAAAUGGACAGAUUAAAACAUACUGGUAUACAAUUUGCUGUGUGGUUUCUACUUUAACGGGCCAAAAGAAACCAGGUGCUUCAUAAAUGCUUCAUGUAGCAUUCAUACAUAAUUGACUGUUGACUGUUUUUUUUUGUACAACGGGUCCCUGUUUUCAAACAUAAAUGACAGAUGUUGCACCUUUUUGUCUGCAGUGUAGACCUAGGGCGCCCCAUUAAGUAAAGGUAGUAUAAGAAAAAGCAUUCAUACCUUUUUUCUUCUUACAUUUUAAAUGCUUAGCUUACAUAACUGGUUUUCCUAAUUCUUACAAAAAAAAUGAAUUUCUCUUUUCACUGGCUUGUCUGAACCGUGUUUGAGUUCAUGUGCAGCCAGAGCUCCGGUCAAGCACUUAUUGAUUUGGUGAAGGACUAUAUUAAAUACAUAUUUUGCUUCUGUUUAUUCGGUAAACUGCAAAGAAGAGCUUUGUCCAUCCCUAUUGACAGACCUGCAGUGCACCUCCAGUGCCUCAUCUACUUGAAUAUUGGAUAAUGUAAUGGUAAUGUUUUAUAAAACAACUAGAUUAAAAUAUUCCACAAGUUUAGCAUUUUAGAAAUGAGUUAAAAUCGAGGGAAUAAUAGUGUCCAAAUGGGUUUAGUAUGGUGAACAAGGGAUUAAACUUUAUAUAUAAUAUUUGAUACUUUGGAACUGUGGUUUUUAGUUUAAAAGUCGUACUUACAUAAUUGUUGUUGGCAUUGACAUAUACAAUAUAUAGGCUGUAAUUCAGAAUCUUUUCAGUAGGAAUUGAAAAGCAGCUCAAACAUAACAAUGCAGUUCAGCUAAAGCACCCGCUAUGGCGUCAUCUCCUCCUGUGUUGAUUCAUGCUGUUAAAUGUCUAAAUGACAUUUCUGUGGAAAAGCUGUUUGUUAUAUAGAACAACAAAUCUAUUAUUUAAGAGGAAAAAGAGGGAAGAAUAGGGGGAAGAAUGUACAGGCCAUUUGUUCAAAACCUUUUUGUUCCCUAACGUACAAUAACUUUCCUUGAGAAACUUUACACUCAAGCAACACAGGAACCACAACGUUGGUGAAGUUACAUCUCACACAGUUGGAAAAGUGUAGUCAUGAUUCACUUUUAUUGUGUAUGAAAAGUCGACAUAUAUGAUCUAUUCAUGUAAAGA